AUCCGCACGUAAUUCAUUUGUGUGCGAACUCCGGUGCAGGAAGGAUCCCUUUUUCGGUGCGUUAGCUCGUGGCGUUCGACUACGGUGAUUGAAUACCUCUGAAUGGCGUGUGUUAUAAACACGGGCUUUUGAUUGAGGUGUGGAUUUGCUUGUUAAAUGGCUUGAAGGAUUGGGAUUAGUGCGAAGGUUUUUUCUUGUGCGGUUGAAUAAGUGGUUGUGUGUCAUUUGUUACAAUAAAAGGAGAAAAGCCAUCAGAGCAACAGAAGGAUACAAACGAAAGGAUAACCGUGUCAGCGUACGGAGGAAUACGGGUGUGAAAAAGAAGAAGUGUUCAAAGGAGACGAAGCAAAGUGCUGGGUGAAAAAGGUCGUCGUCAAACUGACGGACGGCGGAUUACGACACCCUGAAACGUUGUGUGCCACUGUGUAAUUCGGUGGAAAAUCGUCCUUCAAAUUGGAUUAAUAUCGGUCCGUAAUUGAAUUGGCCAGGUGCCAACGGCGAUGUGGUGUGGCCAGGUGGGGUUCUGAAGAGGCAGAAGAAUAUCCGGCCAGUGUACGUCAACAAAAGCGAGAGUGUUUGGUUUGGGGGCGGAAAAAGUGUCACAAUUCGUCUCGCUUGAAUCGUUUUCGUCGUUUCUCGGUUGAACGGCAAGUCUGUCGUGUUGAGCUGGGGGCUACGUGUGGGUGGUGAUGAUGGUCAACAAUCAUCGAGAGUGAGAGUAUUUUCCUCCCUGUUGGCAGUGUGCUGUGCCCCCUCGUCCCAAAGGGACUUCCGAGGAUACAUCAUAAUUCAAUCAUUUAUUAAACAUAAUCACAUUAAAAACAGUUACCAUCGACCGUUGUCACCGAAGCCUCCGCCAGUAGCUUCCCAUUCUGGAAGCACAUGUGUAAUCUCCCUCCCCCACAAGCGGUCUGCCCAGUGCAUGAAUAAAACAUCAAUAUUACGAUAAUAAAAUAAAGCACAUUUUCCAUCGGAUGAAUUAAUCAGUUUAAUUAUUAUGGUCUACUACCCCAACCCGGUGUACGAGGAAGAGAGUGUGCGGGCUACCCUGCUGUAAAUGACGUUAUAAAGUCGGUCGACGCUGUGGUAGCAGCCGUGUGGUCGUCUGCGGUAACAGCAUCAUCAUCAUCGUCAAACAGUGUGUUUCAGUGAUUCAAAGUGUCAACCGGUGGAAACAGUCGUUUUCGGGCUGACUCGGUGAAAAGUGAUUAAUUUUUAAUUCAUCACAUCCGCCAUCCGCCGCCGCCAUCGUCGGCACUCCCACUUGGGCUGGACGUAGUCACCGUACGGUCGGUCGGAUCGACGCUCUCCCGCCGCUCACCACACACACACCCACACGAACACAAACAGCUCAUUCUUCGAGCGGACGGAUUUACUCAUCGCAGGCCACCACAAUUCCAGUACUCAGCAAACAAGUUGUUAAUAUGACUGCCAAUUUGAAGGGUCCUCCCCCUCAGGGGCGACAGUUCACAAUUGCGGAAACACUGGAACGGAUAAAGGAGGAGUUCAACUUUCUGCAGGCACAGUAUCAUUCAUUGAAGCUAGAAUGUGAUAAACUCGCCAGCGAGAAAACCGAAAUGCAGCGACAUUAUGUCAUGUACUAUGAAAUGUCGUACGGCCUAAACGUGGAAAUGCACAAACAGACGGAAAUUGCCAAACGCCUGAACGCACUCAUAGGACAGCUCCUGCCGUUCCUCGCCACCGAACACCAGCAGCAGGUGGCCCAGGCAGUGGAACGAGCGAAACAGGUCACAAUGCCGGAGCUGAAUGCCAUAAUCGGGCAGCAACACCAACAGCAGGGAAUUCAGCAACUGUUACAACAGAUUCACGCACAGCAAAUUCCCGGAGGACCACCGCAACCGAUACCGGCCCUGGGCGCCCUGGCCGGACCGCUGACGGCGUUCGGCGGCCCGAUGGGACUUCCGCAUGGUGCACCGCAGAGUUUGCUGAAAGCGCCACCCGACCUGCACCGAGAGGACCUGAAAGUGCCCCUCGGGGGCCCAUCCGCCGAGGAACGAAUGCGCAACUCAGUAUCUCCUGCCGAUCGUGAAAAGUACCGACCCCGAUCUCCCCUAGACCUGGAUAGCGAAGCCAAGCGACGGAAAGAGGAAAAACUAAACCACGACAACGAUGCCGACAAAAGCGAGCAGGAUUUAGUGGUGGACGUCGCCAACGAUACGGGAACACCAUCUCCGCGUCCAAAUGGAGAUCACGCGUCACUGGAAAACCGAGAUCGAGACAGCGUUGGAUUGAACGGAAGCGACAAAGCCGGCUCAAGUAGUCUAAAAGGUGUGAACGACAGACCACCUUCCCGAUCGGGAUCCAGUUCAUCUCGAUCAACCCCAAGCCUCAAAACUAAAGAUCUCGACAAACCGGGCACCCCUGGUGCGAAAGCGCGCGUUCCCACGCCCAACUCUUCCACUCCGGGAGUCCCCAAAGCAGCAGUACCUCCAACGGCCGCCGGCUAUCCGGCUUCACCAUAUCAACGACCCUCGGAUCCUUACGUGCGACCUCCGCUCGAUGCCUACGGUCGCCAGCCGAUCCCGUUCGAUCCGCACGCCCAGCUGCGGACCAACGGAAUCCCCCUGCCAGUCUCGAGUGGUAAACCCGCCUAUUCGUUUCACAUGAACGGCGAGGGGGGACCCCAGCCGGUGCCAUUUCCUGCCGACGCCCUAACGGGACCGGGAAUCCCACGGCACGCCCGCCAGAUCAAUACGCUUUCGCACGGUGAGGUCGUCUGCGCCGUCACCAUCUCCAACCCAACCAAAUACGUGUACACCGGCGGCAAGGGGUGCGUCAAGGUUUGGGACAUCUCCCAGCCCGGCAGCAAGAGUCCCGUCAGCCAGCUGGACUGCUUGCAACGUGACAACUACAUCCGCUCGGUGAAGCUCCUGCCGGACGGCCGGACGUUGAUCGUCGGCGGUGAAGCAUCGAACCUGUCCAUCUGGGACCUGGCGAGUCCGACACCGAGAAUCAAGGCUGAACUCACCUCGGCGGCUCCGGCCUGCUACGCGUUGGCCAUCAGUCCCGACUCGAAGGUGUGCUUCUCGUGCUGCAGCGAUGGCAACAUUGCCGUGUGGGACCUGCACAACCAGACGCUGGUGCGGCAGUUCCAGGGUCACACGGAUGGCGCUUCCUGCAUCGAUAUCAGCCCCGACGGCGUCCGGCUGUGGACCGGCGGGCUGGACAACACGGUCCGAUCGUGGGACCUCCGGGAAGGUCGACAACUGCAGCAGCAUGACUUCAGCUCGCAGAUCUUUUCGCUCGGGUAUUGUCCAACGGUCUUCGAUGAAACAGGUGAAUGGCUGGCCGUUGGGAUGGAGAACUCCCACGUGGAGGUGCUACACGCCUCGAAGCAGGACAAGUAUCAGCUGCAUUUACACGAAAGCUGCGUGCUGUCGCUGAGGUUUGCCGCUUGUGGCAAAUGGUUCGUCUCGACGGGCAAGGACAACCUGCUGAACGCUUGGCGCACACCAUACGGUGCCAGUAUAUUCCAGUCCAAGGAGACCUCAUCAGUACUUAGUUGUGAUAUAUCGACCGAUGACAAGUACAUCGUGACCGGAUCCGGCGACAAGAAGGCAACCGUUUAUGAGGUCAUCUACUAAACCGAAUCGAAAAAAAAUGUUAGAAAUAGUUUAGUUCGAAGUGCAACAACACCCCUCCCAGUUCCCUUCUACAUCGAAAGCCAGCGAGUCCCGUGACCGUACAUCACAAAUUCUCUUGAUCGUGGCAACAAAACGCAGAGCAGACUUGAUUUGAAUGUAUUAUAAGCAUCACAACAACCAAAACAAAAAAGUGACUUAAAUCAAGGAAUACGCGGAUUCGAGAAUCUUAACACACACACAUAGCAGCUGUAUCAGUUCAUUCAUUAUACAUAUAUGUAAGAAACACACUCACAGAUCAGUCGUUUAGAAGAGUACAUAGUAGAAAAAAGAUAACUUUUCACGCCAACACACACAUACUUAUUUAGCAAAAUGAGAGGCAAUGGGCGCAAACAGCUAUGAUCAAGAACAUCAACAACAAAAUGCUACAAAUGUUAACUGGUAAGUUUAAAAUCUAAGUAAUUUAAAAUAAAUUAAAGAAAACGGAUCCUGCAAAGCAUCCCUUUAAUUAUACUGGCAAAAUCAAAGAAUUAAUUGUAGAAACUAGGCGAUAAAUGGAUGGAAGCGUGAAACAGCGAGAAGAAUAAAAAACAAACAAAAGAAGCAGAUUAAUUUAAAAUUAUCAAAAUUCUUAGUGAUUACAGUAUGAAUUAAUGCAGAGUAUUGUACAGUAUUUGAGAAACUCGUAAUGUUAAUUAUGGUUAUCAACCCUCUCCCAGUACAUAAAACCAGAACGAAACUUACACUAAUUCAAAGGCAAAGUGCGCGAGAUCUCUCGAGGUUUCAAGUGGAAAUUCAUCUCAAAUUAUAAUCGGAAAUGGUAAAAGAUCGCAAAACAAAAACUUGCUUGAUGAGGAUAAACAACUCAAAACAUUCACAUCUAAUUGUUUUCCUAUAUCCUUCUUAGACAAAAAAAAACAAUGAAAAUCGUAUCGAUGUCAGUUUGUUCCAUUUAAUCCUUUUCAUUUUUGAAUCAAAACAAAAACAACUGUAAGAUAUUUCAACCACCAUUAGUAAUCGAAUCGAAGGGAAAGAAAUAAAAAAAAUGCGAGAAGUAUAAAUUGUUAUCGAAUCAAAGCAAAACGUGUGUAUUGAAACAAAUCAAACAGCACACUCGUCGAUUGUCCCUUUUCCAUCACUAUUCGAAUCUUAGAUUGCUUAUCGAUCCCAAUAACAAAGCAUAUUGAAAGAAAAUGCGAGGAUCCAACGAUGAAAAUGCAUCAAAUACAGAUGAGUAUCGAAUAAUGGAAAACGAUGAAAAUCUUUCGAAGUUAUUCCGAUGAAAACGAACUACUGGCAAAACCCUAUAACAGCAAGCAAAAUGAGAGAAGACAAACAGAUUCGAAAAACCCAAACACACACACACACACACUGGAAAGUUCAAUAUAAAUAUUAUAAAUGAAUAUUUUUAGACAUGAAAAUAUUGAAAAAAUA